UCUCCCGGCACUGACCCGCCGGGUCCCUCCUCAGGCGGGCGGACGCGGGGAAGAGCGCGGCCCGGCCUAUCGGCGGCGCCGUCCUUGCCAGCCAAUCUCCGCGCCGCGUGUUGGGGCGCGCUGCCAUGGUUACCGAGCGACGCGCUGCCCCGGCCGAGCGUCGCCGCCAUGCAGGGCCCCGCCGGUGGCCGGCGGCCUCUCCCGCUGAGGAAAGGAUCAGAAGCAAGUUCUGGGAGCCUGAGACGCACAAGUAUCUUCAGUGGCAUCUGCAUAAACAGAGCAGGGAGCUGCAGGAGCCAGUCCACGACUUCCGAUGGCAGAGCUGGGGACAGGGCGUCCCUCGUGGGCCAGAGGGGUGCCAUACGGGUUUUUGAUGCCGAAGGAAAGGACGUGACACCCCGUCCGCUCUUCCAUUCUGACCCAAGCGCUGCUGCCCGCAGGCAGAGCAAGUUCGUGCCGUUCAGCUCGUACCUUGGGCCCACGGGACUGGGUUUUCUCUCUUCUUUUUCCACGCAUCAGGCACCAGGAGUGAAUACCAGUUCAGGUUCAUUCUCAGGGACAUACGGGAGCAGCAGUACGAUAUCAAAUGCAUCAACGACUGAGAGCAUCCUGGAUGAAAUAGUAGAACCUGGCUUUCGACGAGACACAGCUGUGAACUUACCUGAUGUGCAGGUGAGGCCAGAAGAGAUGAAAGAAGAACUGACCAAAGAAGACUUAGACAAGAGAGUGGAUAUUUACCUCACAGAGACAGAAACUCUCUGGAUAUUUGAUAUGCCAUCUGUGAUGGUGUCUGUGGAAGCAGAAGACGCUGGAAGAGUCCAGGAGCGGAAUAAGAUUUAUACCGACAUUUGCAAAAAUAGACCUGGUAACGAUCGCUUUGUAGAAAAAACGAUGCAAACCAUCAAUGGAGCCGCAAAGAACAAGGAGGUGCAAUGUGACAAAAUCAUCAUGGAAGAUAAAGGGGUGGUGGUCACUUCCUGGGACUUGUAUGAUUCAUUUAACAUACUGGAAAUAAAACCUACAUCAAAAGCAGAAGGUAGCAGAGCCACAAUGGGGAAAAGCAGCAAAUCUCAUCCAACCAAAGAGCAGCAUCAGACUACUUCUGUCUCUUCUAACGGAGGCAGUACAACUUCUAUGAUGAUUUCAGAAAGCGCUGUUGUUGCCAGAAGCCAUGAAAAGGACGAAUGCCAUUCAGAAGCUGUAUUAACAUCCCAAAACCUUCAGCAGGACUUAUUUUUCAUGGAGAGGAUUCUAAUGGAGAAUAUUUUUCAACCCAAACUUGCAGCUUAUCGGCAGUUUCCCAUCCUUCUAGAUCCCAACAUUACAUCGGAUGCCAGUGGUGCAGUAGCAGCCGUGAAAGAAGCUCAACAGGAAGAGCCUGAUGAAGAAAAGGAUGAGAAAGAGCAGGAGGAGGUAUUAAUUGAUGCAUCAAUUCUGUUGGACCUAACAAAAACCCCAGAAGAACGCGUACCUCCCAGCCUGGAGCAUCUGUGGUCGUAUCUCUGUGACGUGACUCGUGGUCACAGCGUGAGCAGCAUGGCCUGGAGCAAAGUCAACCCCGAUCUUUUAGCUGUUGGUUACGGAGCGUUUGAUUUCAAAAAAAAGACGAAAGGCUUGGUUUGCUGUUGGUCAUUGAAGAACCCCAUGUGGCCAGAGCGUAUUUUCCAGUGUAAACAUGGUGUUACCGCUUUGGAUUUUUCUCUGAGAAGCCCAAAUCUUUUAGCGGUUGGAAUGUACAAUGGUUCUGUCGCCAUCUACAACGUACAGAGUUGUAAGGACGCUGCGAUUAUGGACAGCAGUCAAUCUUUAAAUAAACAUACAGGUCCUAUAUGGCAACUGAGGUGGGUGGAACAGGCCAGCUGUGAAACAGAAGAUGGCAAAAGAGAGAGGCUAAUCUGUAUGUCAGCAGAUGGCCGAAUAACCGAGUGGUUUCUACAGAAAAGACUAGAUUGCACUGAUCUGAUGAAAAUACAGCAAACAAAAAGCGAGAAGAAAAAAUUACCAAGUGAGAAAGAAAGCAAAAGUAACGAUCUGAUAUCUCAGCAGGCAGCUGGGAUGUGCUUUGACUUCCAUCCCAAGGAUACUGAUUUUUAUCUUACUGGAACAGAUGAGGGUCAUAUCCACAAGUGUUCUUGUUCAUCUAAUGAGCAGUUUGUAAAGACAUACAGAGGCCAUAAGGGUCCUGUGUACAAAGUCGCCUGGAAUCCCUUCAGCACUGACAUAUUCCUCAGCUGCUCUGCAGACUGGAGCAUUAAUUUAUGGCACCAGGAUUCCCAGACGCCCAUUUUAACUCUCAGCUCCGUCACUGCUUUUGUUCAUGACAUUAUGUGGUCUCCGAAGUCAGCCUGCAUAUUUGCAGCAGCAAAUGAAAGCAGAGUAGAAGUUUGGGAUCUCAGUGUCAGCACCUUGAGCCCCGUGAUCUCUCAUUCUGCUGGCCCCCAAGUGAUGUUCACAUCCGUGCUCUUUACUACCAACACCAACUGCCUCCUGGUGGGAGACAGCGAGGGAGAGGUCGGUGUGUUUGAGCUACAGAACCUGGCUGCUUCCGACAGGAAGGCGGUAAGAUCCACCAGGAAAUGUGGUGGUUCUCAAAGGCCUGCGUGCUUGUCUGGUACUUCAUUCCUCAGAAAGGGGCUUCUGCUAAAGAUCUGGCUAAUAAAUAUUGAAACAGGUGGAAUCAGAUACAAUUCCAUAAACAGAUUAAAAUCUGAGGUGGUUCCUGCUCUUAUGCAUGCCAAACCACUAGAAACUUCAGGAACAGGUAAGUCAACAUCCAGUUUGAGGUGUCACUUGAUCACAAAUCAUAGAAUCGUUUACGUUGGAAAAGCCCUUUAAGAUCACAGAGUCCAACUGUUAGCCCAACACGGCCAAGUCCACCUCUACCCGAUGUCCCUGAGAACCUCAUCUCUCGUCUGUUCAACCCCUCCAGGGAUGGUGACUCCACCACUGCCCUGGGCAGCCUGUUCCAAUGCCCGACAACCCUUUGGGGAAGAAAUUGUUCCCAAGAUCCAACCUCAGCCUCCCCUGGCGCAA